GCCUCCACGCGCUCACUUCUCAGUUUCAUUGACUUCUUCUGAAACUCAGAUGAAACUUUCUGGGUUUUCUCUUCAGCCUCUUUCACUCAGCUCUUCUUCUUCAGUGUGUCACACGGUCCCAGAGCCUCGUGCGCUGCGUCCUCGAGCGCGCGGACAGCCGGUGGUUUCACGCACGAGACGGUUAACGGACCGAGGAGCAACAGGAGGUUUCCUCCAGUGAGUCACGCCGGGAGAAGACGGAUUUAACGGAGAUUUUUGGGACUUUGAUUCAACAUCUGGCCGGUGCCGACUGGACCCGCAGUCUGACCCGGGAUAUCUGCUGGCUGACCCGGGAUAACGUCUGUCCUCCAUCAUGUAUCCCCCAGCGGGCAGCAUGUGUAUGUGCUGCAGCCUGAUCCUUGUCCUGGUCCUGGUCCAUCCUGCAGCAGGGUACAAUCUGGAUCAAGAACACAGUCUGGAGUUCAAUGGCCCCCACUCAUCCAUGUUUGGAUAUUCAGUCCUGCUACAUCACCACGGAGCACACAGCUGGUUGGUGGUUGGAGCUCCAGUCGCGAACUCGACCUCCAGUCCAUCAGUCCGAUCUCCAGGAGCUGUUUACCGCUGCAACAUCUCGGCUCAGCCCGGCCACUGCCUCCCCUUGCAUGCUGACGUGGUGACCUGUGGGAAGACGUGUGAUGCAGAGAGUGAUCACCAGUGGCUGGGAGUCAGUCUGGCCAGACAACCUGGAGACAACGGAGGACACAUCCUGGCAUGUGCUCACCGCUGGAAGAACGUCUUCUACUCAAAGAAGGACGGUCAGAACCACAAGCUGCCUAACGGAGUGUGUUAUCGCUACAGCAGCGACCUGACAAAUGCCCAACCCAUCAUUCCCUGCUACAGAGACCACCAAAGGAAAUUCGGUGAGGAUUAUGGGUCAUGUCAGGCCGGUAUUUCCAACUUCCUGACAGAGGAUCUGAUCAUCAUGGGGGCUCCAGGGACGUCCUAUUGGACUGGUUCAGUUCUGGUCUUCAACACGUCUAGCAGAGGGAUGUCUGUGUACCUGGAUGAAGACACUGGAGCCGUCAGCUUUGGAAGCUACCUGGGUUACGCUGUUGGAGCUGGUCAUUUCCUGGGUCCCUCCUCUGUGGAGGUCGUGGGUGGAGCUCCGCAAUACAACCAGAGGGGCAAGGUCUUCAUCUUCGCAGUAGACAGCAACAUGCUGCGGGUCGUCGCUGAAGUGUCCGGAAAAGAGCUGGGAUCUUACUUUGGCUCCAGCGUGUGUGUGGUGGAUCUGAACGCUGAUGGUUUGUCGGAUCUGUUGGUCGGCGCUCCCAUGGCAACGGGCAUCACCAGGGAGGAGGGAAGAGUCCAUGUGUACAUCAACCAGGGGGAGGCUAACCUGUUGGAGGCGGAGUUUCAGCUGACUGGUAAUAAUGCCUACGCUGCUCGAUUUGGAGAGACCAUCGCUGACCUGGGAGACCUGGAUGACGACGGUUACUCUGAUGUGGCGGUUGGUGCCCCACAGGAAGACGAGCUAAAAGGAGCCGUCUACAUUUACAACGGCAGGAAGGAGGGCAUCUCACCAACUCCAUCUCAGAGGAUUACCGGAUCCACACUGGGUCGUGACCUCAGGAUGUUCGGCCAGUCACUGAGCUCUGGCAUUGACAUUGAUGCUAACGGCUACCACGAUGUGGCGGUCGGUGCUUUCCUCUCGGACUCGGCUGUGGUUCUCAGGACCCGACCCGUGAUUCAGGUGAAGGCGUUUCUGACUCUGCCCGAGCAGAUUGACCAGCGGGUGGCGCUGUGCCACGAACACAAGACUCCAACUGUCUGCCUUAAAGUUACUGUCUGCUUCAGUGUGAAGUCCAGACACUUCAGAGGAGCUAUAGAUCUUCAAUAUAAUUUGACCUCUGACCUCCUCCAUAAACCAUCCUUUCCUCAUCGUUUCUAUUUCCAUGGUAACGGGUCAUCCAAUAGCACAAAGGGGCACGUGAGAGCACGACAUGGCCAGCUCACUUGUACAACACACGUGGCUUACCAAAGGAAGGACGUGAGGGACAUUUUUACUCCGGUCCGGUUUGAAGUUUCCUACAGUCACAGAGAAACAAGCACCCACAGAACCAAAAACUUCCCUCCAUUAAAACCCAUUCUGCAGCAGAGCGCAGGACACCAGAACACCAUCUCAAAUCAGACUUGGUUCGCUCGUUCCUGUUCGCUGGUGAACUGUUCGGCCAACAUGCAGCUGUCGGCUCAACUAGUGCUACCACAUCAGCAGCAGUACUUUCCUCUCGGCUCUGGACAGACCAUCAUGUUGAAAACCUCGGUGCUGAACUCUGGAGACGACGCCUUCCUGCCACGACUGACGUUACGUUUCCCCAACAACGUCCACUACAUUAAAGUACUGCAGAACCAGGACAACGUGGUCAGCUGUGAUGUCACACAGGAAGUCAACAGUACAAAGGCAGGUGUUGACUGCAGCAUCACCAGCCUCGUCCUCUCAGCCCACGCCCAGUUGAAUAUCAGCUUCCUACUGGACGUCAACCAAAACAGCACACCUGGUGACAUCAUGAUUCAUGUCAGCACCAGCAGUGAUAACUAUGAGAGGGAGGAGUAUCUCCAUGACAACUCCGCCAGUCUCCUCCUUCCUCUGAAAUACGGAGUCAACGUCAACAUCCACGGAUUUGUGACUCCCACUUCCUUUGUGUUUGGAGAUGAAGACACGACUCCAGUUGACUGCUACCCUGAAAGAUUCAACUACACAUACAAGGUGUUAAACUCUGGUCCCAGCAGGUCUCUAGAUACUGUGGUUGACAUCAUGCUACCGAAGAUGCUCGCACCUUACCGACACAGAUUGCUGCAGGUGGUCGACUGGCAGACGUCUCAGGGUGUGUGUUCGAUCAGUGACACAACUAUGUCAGUUGUUGAGGACUGCGACGUCCCUGAAGCCUCCUUCAUCAAACAGAUUGUCUUCUUCUUCUCGUCCACCUCCACUCGCAGAAUGUUCUGUAGCCAUAGUGAUGAUUUGUGUGAGCGGUUGGUGUGUCGCCUUGGUGACCUGGACGUGGGGAGAGACACCCACAUCCAACUGGAGAUCAAACUGAACCCUGCUGUACUUCUGCAAGCUCCGGGUCGUCAUGGUAUCAUGAGGAUAGAGAGCACAGCGAUGAUGUCAAACCCCAGAGAAAGUCCUCACACCAUCCUCAUCCACGAACAACCUGUAGCAGAGGUGGUGGUGGAAGCCGUUUUUACCCAGAAGCCCUCAACAACAGUGAAGGUCUUCAUCAUCGUCAUCAGUUUAAUUUUGGGUCUGAUGAUCCUGGCUGCUCUCAUCUGGUGUCUGUGGAAGGCUGGUUUCUUCAAGAGGGAGUUCAAGAAGAAGAAGGAGGAGGAGGAGGAGGAGUUCAAGAGAGACAGCUGGGACUAUGUUCCUAAACAUGACAAAAGAGAGAGCACUUCCUAACCCGGACCAUCACCUCUAACCACUGUGUGACAGUUUUAAUGAGACAUCAUGUGCUGAUGGAUGGAUGGAGUGCUGUGUGUGAAAAUAUGGCAACCCUAUUUGUCCAAAAACAGUAGUAAGCGCUGCUGUUGAACGUCAUCGGCCAAUGAAAUCUGUCCAGACUGGAUCAGCUGAUCUGACUCUUAACAAGUCAGACCUGACAAGAGCGUGACGGAUGAUAAAACGUCUCAAGUGAACACCUCCUGAACACACCCGAACCUGAACGUGCCUUUUCAAACUAUUUUGCCAAAUGUGCCUUCACAAAUACAGACAAGUUUAAAGACUUGAUAAGAUUCAGCGAUGGAUGGAGGAUCGAUAAAAAGGGAAUUUAAGGGCCUUGGAGCUUCCUGGGAUGCGGCAUCACCUGUGACAGUUAUUGAUGAUCGCCAUUCUGACUCCUGUAAGAGGAAUCAAACCAAAGGAAGUGACUUUCUGAUGAUCUCAGGGGACGGAAACCUGGCCUGUGAUUGGCUCAUAACUCUCUGGAAAACCUCCCUUACGUCUCUGUACAUUAUCUUACCACAUUUUGUUUACCUGCUGACCGACACUUAAUGCACUGGUGCCGCAGACACACACUGGAUGAUGUCCAGACAGAAGAAUUGGUCCAGUAUUGGCUGCCUGGAUGUGCUGGUACAGGGCUUAGGAAACAAUCAGCACAAAUAUUUUAAUGGACGUCACACCAGCAUGUAAAACAGCAACAUUUUGUAGCAGAUUCACCUCACUUCAAUGGAUUUGCUCACUGAGGUGAAGCAAAUUGGUGCAAGUUUUUUACGUGGUGCUCAACUUUGGUGAACAAGCAUCUUAACCGCACUGACAUCUAGAGGAACUGAGAGCUGCAGAGUCCACAGAGGAGGAAAUUGUUUGCCUGUUAACCAUCUGUGAAGAAAACAGUUCAGGGAAACCACUUCAGUGUGUGCAUGUAAGACUGAGAACAAUCUACGCCCAGCAGCCGUGUGCGCACGAUUGCAGAAAGCACAACUGCCUGAAGAAAAUAAAAAAUGCUUCUCUUCCAUUUUCAUCCUACAAACAAACAUCCUGUGAGGCAAAGUAUGAGCGUUUUUUACUGUUUAGAAUUCAGUUUUGUUUGGGUAGCAAUCAUGACAUUCCUCCUGUGUGAGUUUUAUAAUAAUAAUAAUUAUACAUUUAAUUUAUAGAGCGCUUCUCGAGCUACCUAAUCAAAUUAUAUAAGUAAAAAGACAUUGAGUGUAUAAGAUAAUAUAAGAGUCACUGAUGUUAUGAGUCAUUUCCACUCGUGAUACGGCUCGACCUGACUCACUUGGAACCGUUCUUUUUUGGUUUUCUAUGGGCAAAAGUCGAGUCUACCACCUGGUACUUUAUCUGGUAUUGCAUCAGUCGAGGUUCAAGCGAGAUGAACCAAUACUUGGUGGUGGAGUUAAAACACUGCAGACCACUGAUUGGUCAGAGAGAACAUUCUGUACAAACCCUUGAUUUUUAAAUGUCCAAGCUACCGUCAAUAGCGACCACAGUUUUUCAAUUCACUUCACCCAGAUAUUAAAAAGUGGCAGCCUGCAAAACUACACAAUGGUCAACUAAAAACAAAACAACAACAAAAUAAACUAACAAAAAUGACAAAACUAUAAUAUUUCAGCUGCCUACACUGACUGGGUGCCCUCAGCUGUGAAAAACAAAACUGAGGAAAGCACCUGAUGCCAAAAGUGAGUCGAGUUGAGCCGAAGCAUGCAAUGGAAAUGAGGCUUUAGAUCUCCUUCUACAGGUAAGCAUAGGUAUACUUCCUUAGUCGCCACCUUGCUUUGAAAAAAAAAAAGCAAAAAAAAAAAAAAAAAAACCUUCAGUGUCAUUAACUCCUUCAGUGAAGCGCUCCUGGAUUCCAACUAAACUAUCAGUGUGAAAACACAGUAAACGGUGCAACUUGUCGUGACAGAGCCAGCAACAAAUUGAGCCACAGGGUUGAACGAUGAAAGACUACUUGAAGAAAUUUUUGAUAUUUUAAAGUAUUAAAAAUUAUUGUUUUUAACCAUCAGUAUUUUGUGAAUGCAGACAUUUAAAAAAAAAAGCUGCCACCCUCCCUUCUGUUUAUCUGUUUAAUACAAAUGCACAUCACACAGAGAGAUGUUUUAAUAUUUUAAUCGUUUGUUUUUGUUUAUGUGAACGUUGUUCUGCACUGGAGAGUCUCACUGCUUUAUCAACACUUUUCUAUUAAAAUGAAGGAUUUUCUAUUUAAA